GCGUUAAUAAAAACAAUACAUUUUAUUUUGAAAGACAUGCUCGGAUGUUGCAUGUCAAUACAAAUGGAGUUAGCCUGGCUUCGCAAAGCUAGCCGGAGGAGGCUAACCUACAAAACUAGGUCGACAUUAGAUAGUCUCUUUAAGUAUAAUUACAGACAUGUAACUCGUAUCCCCGUUGGAUGUAUGGGCUUCAGUCCCCAACUCCUUAAUUGCCGUUUUACCCAGGGACGGACGCGUUAAUAAAUGACGACACAUACCGGCCGGCUGUAGCAACAAACUGUAGCUGGCUAAGAGCAAGUUAGCGUUUAGCUACGGGAGUUCACCAAGUAAGACCACAGGCUAGGUGGCAACCAUUUCUGAAGAAACGCCUCAGACUGCCGGCUGUGGAGCUACUUGUGUCACCCGCUUGCAAUAAUAGUCAUAAUGGCCCUCCAAGGGAAUUCAUAACGACAGUGUGGCCCGUGACAAAAAUGAGUUUGACACCCCUGCGUUUGAAAAACAGAUGUUUCAGGCAGGAACGUGUGAUUGGUGGCCUAUGAGGAAGCCACGCCGAAAAGGCCUGGUGAGCCCAGGAAGUGGCACAGAUGACAGGAAGUACAAGGGCACACCAGUUGGUGGUUGCGGUGUUGGUGCCCGCCAGCGAUCCCCAUCCCCGUACAGUUUCAAAGCAUCUCCGAGCAGAGAAACACUGAGCUAUGCACAGGCUCAGAAGGUUGUGGAAGUGGAGCUGGAUGGCCGGCUUCACCGCAUCUCCGUUUUGGAGCCCUUGGCCGUCAUCACCGAAGACGAAAUGAUGGCGCAGGACAUUAGUGAGUGUAACAGCAACAAAGAAAACAGCGAGCAGCCAUCGCCUACUGUCAGUGCUACGCAAGCUGUCGGCAAAGCCAUCACGCCCCGCGGCCGCCGAAAAGACUCUAAGUGUCCGUCUUUCAAGUCUGCGGCACCGUCGAAAAACCACUGCGCCCGUGUUCAAUCGCAAACGCCUGAAAAGUUAAAUGCAACACACAAUCACCUAAUACCCCUCCCUGAGCCUUCGUUUCACUUUGUAGACACUUUCACCCAAGUCGAGGCACCGCCUCUGCCCACGGCAUACUACCGCUACAUCGAACGUUCGGCCGAGGAGACGGAAGCUCUGGCUGAAUACGACAUGGACGAGGAAGACUCGGCCUGGUUGGAGAUGAUCAAUGCUGGCCGGACAGAGGAGGGCUGCGCUGCGCUAUCCGCAGACAUCUUUGAGCUGCUGGUAGACCGCCUCGAAGACGAGGCUUACCGGGAGGCACGCGCCCGGGUGCCCUCUCAGAACGCCAUUGACGACGACGACGCCUUCUGCUGCGUGUGCCUGGACGACGAGUGCCUCAACAGCAACGUCAUCCUCUUCUGUGACGCGUGCAAUUUAGCCGUGCACCAGGAAUGCUACGGCGUUCCCUAUAUCCCCGAGGGCCAGUGGCUGUGCCGCUGCUGCCUUCAGUCCCCUCAGAAACCCGUUGACUGUGUGCUUUGCCCCAACAGAGGCGGAGCCUUUAAGCAAACCAGCGAUGGUCGCUGGGCGCAUGUAGUUUGCGCUAUCUGGAUCCCCGAAGUCUGUUUUGCUAAUACAGUCUUUUUGGAACCAGUGGAAGGUGUCAGUAACAUUCCCCCAGCACGCUGGAAACUUACCUGCUACCUGUGUAAGCAGAAAGGCCGCGGGGCAUCCAUCCAGUGCCACAAGGCCAACUGUUACACUGCGUUUCACGUCACUUGCGCACAGCGUGCUGGCCUGUUCAUGAAAAUCGACCCAGUGCGAGAGACAAGCGUCAACGGGACCACAUUCUCGGUCAGGAAGACGGCAUUCUGUGAGAGUCAUUCACCUGCAGGCCAAGACGGCAUCUCUGACGAGGAGAGUGAAGGGCGCGUGGUGGGCAGCAAAGGGAGGGCCAGUCGAGGGCGCAGUGCCUACACAGACGGUCCCGCGACACCAAAAAAAGGCAGAAAGUCUGAGAGUGAUGGCAAGAUGGAUAAAAAGAAAGGGAAGAAGGACACAGGCUCCCCAACACUGAAGAAUGCUUCGCCAAAAGUGUUAGUGCCUGAAAUACCCACAAGCAGGUUGAAUGCCAUCUGCAAAGGUAUUCUCUUUCAAAAGAAGAACCAGUUCAUGCAAAGGCUGCAUAGCUACUGGUUACUGAAGCGUCAGUCCAGGAACGGUGUGCCGCUGGUCCGCCAUUUGCACUCGAAUGUCCAAUCCCAACGGAAUACUGAAGAGCCUGAGGUGGUUGAUGAACAAGUAUCUGCAGCCAGAGGGGCUCUGAGAUAUUGGCAGAAGCUUCGACAUGACCUUGAAAAGGCCAGGCUGCUGGUGGAGCUCAUCCGUAAAAGGGAGAAACUCAAACGAGAACAGAUCAAAGUCCAUCAAGCAGCUCUGGAGCUGGAGUUGACCCCGAUGUUGUUGUUGCUCCGCUCCACUAUGGACCAACUGCAGGAGAAGGACACAGCUGAGAUCUUUGCAGAGCCAGUCAACAUCAAGGAGGUACCAGACUACAUGGAGUUCAUAAGUCGUCCAAUGGACUUUACAACUAUGCGCUCCAAGCUAGAAAAUCAUACCUAUCGUUCUGUGGCUGACCUGGAAGAGGACUUCAACCUGAUGGUGUCCAACUGCCUCCUGUACAACAGCAAGGACACCAUCUUCCACCGCGCUGCACUGCGUCUUCGGGACCUUGGGGGAGCCGUGUUGCGCCAUGCCCAACGACAAGCCACCAACAUGGGCCUGGAGCUGGAGACCGGCAUGCACCUACCUGAGUCACUGCAGAAGCGCAAAUUUUACAGCUGCACAUGGGAGGAUGUGGACAGUGUGCUGAACCCUGAAAACCGGCUUCAUAUGAGUGUGGAGGAGCAGCUGAAGGAGCUGCUGGACAAGCUGGACUUCGUCAGUUCCAUGCGAUGCAGCGGUGCUCGCACGCGACGUAUGCGCCUGCUCCGCCGCGAGAUCCACAACAUUCGGUUCCGGCAGGGUCCGCACCGCCAAGGCCUUCGCAACGGUCGUCGAAAAGAAGACAGCGAUGAGGAUGAUGAAGAGGAGGAAGACGACGAAGACGACAAGGCCGAAGGCUCAAAGGCAGAAACCUGCCUUUUAACUUCCGACAAAGACCUCAAAUCCACCUCGCCCCCAACACUGGAACCCACCGGGCCGGCCCCUCCUCCACGACUGGGAGACGCACCCCUGGAGCCUCCCACGCUGCGGCCGAUAUCCAAGGAGCCGCCGCUCUCAGGCUGGCCCUGCAAACGGCGAAAGAUAGUCGACGGCCUCGCCGACAGCGACGCAGAGCACAUCGGUUGCACUAAAGCUCAGGAGACGUCGCCGCCGGAAAGUUUUCACAGCGAGGGGCAGGUGGUGUCCAACGGCCUCCCAGACCUAAGCACCCCCACGAGUCCGCACGCUGGGGGCGUUGGACGAAGGACCUCUGUGUUAUUCAAAAAGGCAAAAAAUGGUGCAAAGAUGUUCAGAGACAAUCCUUUGCCCGAUGGCAAGGGGUCGCAGGACGACAGUACAAGCUCCUCACUUUCCGCGUCCAGCACCCCCUCUAGUACACCUUUAUCCACUCCUACCAAAAGCCCUCAAAAAGCCAUAGAACCCCCCUGCCUGAAUGACCCAUGGACCCCCAGGCGAGACAUGAGCUCAGAUGGAGAACUGGACAAAGCACUGAAUCAAAGUCUGAAAAGUGGACUGACCAAUGGCUUCGACAAGCGCAAAGACGGCGGGUCCGACGGCGAAUACAGCCCCUGUCCGGUCCUCCGCAAAGAAAUUGCUGCAGCACCCAAACGAAGCCUGGGGAAACCUGCUCUUUCCAAAGUUCCCUUCCUGGAGUUCGUCAAUGGAGAUGCUGAUUACACCGGUAACGGCAGCCAAACAUCUGAGGAUGAGACUGAGCUCGAGCCUCUAGACCUGGUUUGGGCCAAGUGUCGAGGAUAUCCCUCUUAUCCCGCCCUGAUCAUCGACCCGGAGAUGCCGGAAGAGGGUCUGCUGCUCAACGGAGUGCCCAUCCCAGUCCCGCCCAAAGAUGUCCUCCGACUGGGGGAGCGGAGGCAGGAGGAGAGCAGCCAGAGGCUCUACUUGGUGCUCUUCUUCGACAACAAACGAACAUGGUGGGACGCGCGUUCCGGUCUUCAAGAAAUGUUGCGCUCAUAUAUACAAGAGCACUCAGUAGAGAUUAAUAGGCAGUGGCUCACACGUGACAAGGUGACCCCCUUGGGAGUGGACAACACUGCGGACAAGUUGCGCAUCAUGGAGGGCCGCAAGCCCAGCCUCCGCAAGUCUGUGCAGGUGGCGUACGACCGCGCCAUGAUCCACCAGAGCAGAGUGAGCCACAGCCAAGGCUUUGUGACCUCCAACUUCCUGUAGAGGUCGCGGUUGUCUCCGCCAACGUGAAGCCACGCCCCUCUCCGCCCGGUUCCUUUUGUGGUCCGCUGCGCUCGACUGAGUCGUGUGUCCGCUUCUACUGUAUGUCAUGCAAAUCAGUUGCGGCGUGUUUGUGUGCGAUGACGAACUUCAAACAAUAUUUAUACCAAUGCAGAGGACCUAUGCAUGGAUCACUGCCAUCUUUUAUACAAUAGCUUUUUACAUUUUAAUCUUUUAUGAAAUACGCUUGUACAGUUCAAAGGUACACUCUGUGUGCAUUAUGUUUGUAAGACGAAGUCUUGGUCACUUUGUGUUGCUCUUUUUAAUCAAUCCACAAGGGGCAACGUGAGGCUGUUUAUUUUUGUCGAGAGAAUUAAUUCCUGACUUGCUGCAUUUUGUGUGCGUGUGCGUGUGUGUGCGUGUGUGUUGAUGUCAGUGAACACAAUGAAUGAGCCAUUGUUCUAAUUAUGAAUUCUCUUUUUUGAUACGAGAGAAAUAAUUUAUUUAUGGAAGACACAACUAUAGAAAUAAAAUUAUAUUGGUAAAAGCAAGAAUUGUAUUUAAAAACAAAUUGUGAGGUCUAAAAAAUAAUUUUUAACAGGUAAAUUCACACAUUUGGUUUGUUGCUCCCAACAAGACAGAUCCAUACCAACCCAAAUAUUUAUUAUUAGUAUUAUGAAAUAUAACAACCUACACCUUCAUAAGCUUGUGCAUACUUUCACUACUCACCAAAUACUUUGUUUCAAUCCAUAGUUCCUCAUUCGGGAAAGAAAUGCUCUAUUAAAACCUUUUGCAAUAUAUAACUGGCUUGUUAUCUUUUGGAAUGAAGUGGAGGCGUUUAUUUUGUUUCAGUGGUACGGUAUUGAAAUGAUUGC